CCUGCACGCGACUGCCGAGUAAACAAUCUUUCAGAAUAAAGAGGAGCAGCACAACAACUUGUCUUAUGAAAAUAGCUGAGGCUAUUUAGCAACUUCCUCCAACUUUGGACGACUCAGGGACACACAACAACGUCGACGACGAGGGUUGGAGAUGAGGACGUUUGAAGUUGUGACACUUCUGUGCCUUGUUUGUGGUGUUUCCUCCUAUUCUUUGUGGAAACCAUGGCGACCACAUAAAUGGCACAAGCUUAUCCUGACUCACCACUGGCCUCAGACAUUCUGUACUAUGGAGCACUGCAAACAACACAUCGACUACUGGACUAUUCAUGGGCUAUGGCCAGAUGGUGGUCAAUUUUGCAACAGCACCUGGCAUCUCAACAUGAAUGAAAUUGCGGACUUGGUUCCAGAUAUGGACAAAUUCUGGCCAAAUCUCAUCCAUCCAACCAAAGAUGAGUUUUGGAAGUACGAGUGGUCCAAACAUGGAACAUGUGCCACAAGUGCUGAAUCACUGGACAGUCAACACAAGUACUUCAGCAAAGCUCUGGAACUCUACAAGAUGUUCGACCUGACUGGAGCCCUGCAGAAAGGUGGCAUUGUACCUUCCGAUAACAGUUAUAAGCUGGACGACAUUGAGAGCACCAUUGUGAACGCGUACGGUGCAAAGGCAAAGAUCCAGUGCCACCACGGGCAGUACGACCAGAAUGGAGAGUCGCAUCAGCAGCUUGGCCAAAUAGAAAUCUGCCUGAACGAAGACUUCAAGCCAAUCGACUGUGAAAGGAAGACAUUUGAGGACGUCUGGAACGAGGCCAACGAGAUCAUCCCACUGAAGUUUUACAAACCAUCUGGGCUCAGCGUUUGUGACUACAAUGACCCCGUGUCAUACCCACCGCUGAUGGGUGACUCUGAAAUGUAAUGCUUCUCUCUCUCCGCUAUUGUCUUUGUGUCGUUUGCAUCUGCUGUUGAGCCACUGUGGUGGCAAUCGCCAUUGCAAAGAGUUCCUAUUUAACCCAUUUUAGCCUAAGCCCUUUUUGGGAAAAGGUGCCCUCUGCCUAUUAAAGCCUAAAUAUCUCUGAAGCAUAUAAAAACAUUAAAUAAGUUGCAUUUAAAAGCUAGGACUCUAAUUUUUCAUUACAGUUUGUUCAUUCACCUCUAACACACCGACAUUGUUUAUAAAAAAAAAUCUCAAGAACCUGAAUGCAGCGUAUAUGUCGCACCAGGCUAAAAUGGGUUAAUGUCUGAGCACAAGUGUUAAGUGCCUGGUGCAUUGCACAGUCUACCAGACAAAGCAAAAGAAAAAAAAACAAUCAUGAUUUUAGAGUAGAUGUGUGGAGAUCGGUGUUACAAUCAAGUUGUCUUUCCUGCCUUUUUCUCUCUUUCUCUCUCUGUAUGUCUUAAUAUCCUCCUGCUAUGUGCCAAGACUAUAGAUGGAUGUCUUCUAGCAUUCAAGUUCUGGUGGCUCCUUUAGUAGCAUUUGAAAUGCACACACAUCCAAUUAAACAGUUGCUGACUUAAAAGUAAACAUCAGAGAAAGACGAAAAAUCCACCUGACGAAGUGAGAUCAAAAUGUUUGAUAUAAAAACAAGGAACAGCCACAGUGUGUGGAUUUUUCUUCGUUCUUUUACCUAUACAUUUCUUUAAAUCUAUUGGGAACUUCAUAAAAACAGACGUUUUUUGUAGUACAUUACACAAUAUGGAUGUUAGCCCUUUCUUCACCUAUUGUGAAGUGGCCAGCAACCGUUUACUAUUGUGGUGAAUCAACGAACUUUGUGUGCAUUGAGUUGAUGUAAGAGUAGGUGUGCAGCAAUUUGACAAGUGUCCCACACUUUUAUAUUUUAUCAGUAGUGCGAAGAGUAUUUACACUACUUCUCACAGUAGGCAUUGGUUUUAUCUUAUGAGUAUAACAUUUUAUUCAAAACUGUUGAAUUUUCGUAGACCUGCAACUGCUUCAUAUGAUCAUACGGUGUGGCAUUUAAGAUAAGACAAAAACUUGUUUUAUUGUCUUUUACAUGUGUCACAGAAAAUUUGGUUAAAUCUUGGUGGGGGUGAUGUGACCUGCUGUAAUUGCGAUAGGCAGCUAUACGCUGGGAUAGAGGAUGGAGGUUCAACCUUGCUCAGGCAGACCACUUUGUUUUCACUUUUUUUUACUUUCAUAAUUUUAUUUUUUAUUUAAUAAAAUAUUGUGAUUGUAAUUUUCAGGCAUUCAAUGAUGCUCUUUUCCUGCGUGUAUAUUUUGUGACCACAUCGGGUCAAUAUUUGUGUACAUUCAGGGUUAAAGAGAACACCUGCGUUGCACUAGUCUUGGUAAUUGAUGCUGAGACACAGGCUGCAAUACAGAAACUGGAUUCUGAUGCUGGAGACAGUUACUGUACAAAUACUAAUAUGUUUUAGAACUUAAUUUCCUCAUCUGAUUGUAAUUUAAGGGUUGUAAUUGUUUUAAAGAAAAAUAAAUUGAAAGUUAAUAAAUUGAA